UACUGUCUGCGUGCAGCCAAGUGUCGAAACGAGCUGUCGAGUAUAAAGAGACGAUGGCAAGAGAGUGGGCUUGCGUUAGCCUGCCGUUCCACCAGACUUCUUCGACAGUUGUGAGCCAUCAACCAGGUUCACCGUUGUCUUGUUUUCUUCUUCAAUGGCUUGGGCCAGUCGGAUCGAUUUUUUGUGGUUCUUGGUGUUCUGUGCAAACCAUGCAGAAAUAAUACCACCUGAACUUACAAAGGCAUAUAGGGACCGUGGGGCACCUUCAUUUUGAAGCUACAGUCACCCUCACAGUGACCCGCUAUCAAUCGGUGUGGUUGCGGUGCCACGUAACACGCUGUACAUGGUGACACACUUCUCGAGACAAAUCUUCAAGAUGAGUGCUCGAUGCAGCGCAAGUUACCGCCAAGUGGGCUGGUUUGCCGUACUCUGUGUCCAUGUCGAGUGGCUGCUUUGGGCAGGACUCAUCAAAAGUCUAGGGGUAUUGCUGCCAACGCUUCAAGAGCAACUCACGGCAGACACGUGGAUGAUUGGUGGAUUGAUAGCGACCAUCACUGGCGCUGGCAGUUUUGCAGCUCCGUUGUCCAGGCCGUUAGAGGUGUUGUGUGGUACCCGCAUCGUAGUCACUGUCUGUGGAUUCCUCUUGGGGGCGUCUGUCAUCGUCUCGUCCUUCUCGACCAGCGCUAUCCAGAUGACACUUGCUCUAUCCUUAAUUGCUGGUCCUGCUUUAAUGGUCAUCAACGUUCUAUCGCGAGCCAUGAUGGGUCGUUAUUUCACUAUGAAAUACGCCAUAGCAAAUGCAAUAGGGACUGCAGGAGAACCGGUGGGAUUGAUCACAUUUGCUCCAUUGACUCAAGUGCUUUUAGAAACUUACGGCUGGCGAGGUGCCUUACUACUGCUUGGGGCUCUCUGCCUGCACCUUGGUGUGUGUGGCCUCCUGCUAAAAAGACCACCACAUGAGGGGCCGCCGGGCAACUACCAAUCAAUCAUCUCCAGUGAAAAUGAUCCAAUUGUUGACGAAACAAGCAGCCCUGAUGCUGAGAAAAAAUCCCUACUCCGCAUCCUGAGGGACGUUGCAAAGGCUCAGGGGAAUAUUUUCGGUUGUACGGUGUGCAGCCGCACAGCAUUUGGAAUAGCUACGCUUGUCUACGGCAGCCGUCUCUUCGUGGACAGCCUCUGGAUGAUAUACUUUGUCGCCUACGCCGAGUCGAAAGGUUUCUCCGGGUACGAGGCCGUGACGUUCACCACAGCCGCGGGAAUAGGGAACCUGGCUUUUAAGAUUCUUAUUGGAGUAGUUGUGGACCAAGGUUGGUUGAAGCUGCGACUUGGCUUGCUCCUUUCAGUAAUAAAUUGCGGCGUGGCUCUGUCCACACUUCCCUGGAUGAACUCCUACUGGUUGAUGAUGGUCAAUGCCCUCCUGUUCAACGGUUUUAUUGGAGGGCAAGCAUCACUUGGUGACAUUUACACACGAGAACUGCUUGGAGCUGAAGAACUGGUUUCCGCCUUCGGCUGGAUGGAUCUCCUGUCCGCCACCAUUCAAAUCGCUUUCGGAUUCUUUCCUGGUUGGAUAUACGACCAGACUGGAAGUUACGACGUGGCAUUUGUCAUCUUGGGAUUCAUCUCGCUUCUGCCGUUGGCGUCGCUGUUCCUGGAGAAGCUUCUGAACUGACGAAGGCGUGACCAUAGCCUCGUUUCCGUGGGUUGUUUCAAUGCAAUGUUUAACAUGGUUGUUUCCAUGUUCUUCGUCUUCAUCAAUUGAAAAUGCCAACUCCCGCAUGCGUUCCUGUCUCUUUGCGCACUUUGCACAUAAAAACGAGAUAAUGAUUAUAGUCUUGACAGAAAAAUGCUAUAAAUGAACACCAACAGUUUAGGUAGACUUUCUGGCACAAUUUGCCCCUUUCUAAAGAAAUGUAGAAAAAGGUCACAUUUAACUUACUUCAUAUGAAUGCGGGUAGGGAAACAUUUCUGACACAGUUUUACCUUUUGUGUGGAUUCCAAAAAAAGAAAGAAGAAAGAAAUGAGUACAUACAGUGCCUCUGAUAUAAAAUAACAAACAUAUGGUGAUUACUCUUGUAUUUGUUCUUAAAAUUAUUAUGGUAACUGCAAAAAGCAAGUAAAUAAACAAAAA